UCAAGACAUGGAGAGUUACAGUCACCUCGUCUGAAUCCUGUUGAAAUUUAGUGUUGUUUCGCGAAAAGGGACAAACAACGUCAAGAUAAUAGUUUAACAGUAAGAUUUAUUUAUUUUGGCUACAUUCAAAUUGUACGAUUUUUGGAAAUAAUUCUGUAUAUAGUCGACGAUCUACAAUUAAGUGAUGUGAUUCUGUAGAAGCAGAACGAAACGCAAAACCACGCAAAUCUAAAACAACAAUCCCAACUAUGACCAACCCAACCAUAACCUCGUUCGUGCGGCCCUACUUCAAGGGGGAAAAGUUCAGCUUCUGGGAGGAACGGCUUGGCUACACCUUUGCCGCGUUCGACGUCACCGAGGACAAGGUCAAGAAGGCCCAUCUGGCGCUACUCGGCGGGUCGCUGCUGUACGAACGGCUCAAGUUGCUGUUUCCCCGGCAGGAGCUGGAGGCGGCCUCGUACGAAGAGGUGAUCACCAGGCUGACGACCCACUUUGACCGUCCGGACGAGUGGGGAGAGGUGGUUCAUCACGCGCGGUUCCACAGCCUGGUUCAGCAGCCGGGACAGACGUUGAAGCAGUUUGUGCGGGUGGUUAAGCUGGAGGCUCAGUUUUGUACGUUUGGGAGUUAUGCGAGGGAAGCCAUCAGGGAUCGGAUUGUGGUUGGAGUUAGGAGUGACGAUUUGAGGAACCUGUUGCUCGCGGAUCAGAAUCUUACGUUGGAGUCUGCUGAGAGGAAGGUUGCCAUUUGGGCUAUGCUAAACAAAUCUUGAGGGGUUGAAACAUGAAAUGAAUUUGUACAUACCUUAAAAUAAGCCAAAGUUGCUGUCAAACUUUGAAAAAUUGAUUGAAAUCUAUUUUACAACUUGAAAUAAACAGUUGAAAAAA